CUUUCUAGCGGAAAGGCGCUUGUGAUCGGCAGUAGCGGUGAUCUCUUUGGGACCUCCUGCUGCAGCUGUGCGAGCUUGGGUGUCCUGCGAGGGGUCCAGCUUCACCGCAGCUGAACAAGAUGUGUGCUCUGAGCUUGGUUCAGGGUUGUCAUCUGAAGCCUAGUGAAAGGAAACGGUCUUAAAACAUUGGACAGUGGAUAGCAUACAUGGCAAAAUGGACUGUUAAUGAGAUUCCAGGCCGAUAUGGUGGCCCAUUGUCUUCUGCACGCCCUGGGGGCUACCAUCUUCGCUGGCUGCACUUACUACGACACCCAUGUGUUGUUCCUCACGGACCCAGACGACCCACACCACCAUGUUGUGAAGCAGCUGGCCUUUGAGAGGGACCGCUUGGGUGGACGAUGGAAGUAUCUGACCAUAUGGGGCCUGACCUGUCAGCUUGUUUAUUACUGCUUGGCAGUGGUGAACGAUCUCUUUGGCAGCAACACUUUCGACAAGAGCAAGGUCACCAAGCUGCAGAAGAUCCGUGACGUCUUCUUCACAUCCAUUGCUCUUCCCGUGGGAAUGCUGGUGAGCAUCAUGUUCUGGGGCGUGUUUGUCGUGGACCGUGAGCUGGUGUUCCCGGCCAUCCUGGACGCGCACUACCCGGCGCUGCUGAACCACGGCGUGCACACCAUGCCGCUGCUGAUCGGCCUGCUGGAGGUGGCGCUAGAGCGACACAACUACGCCUGCAACCGGCUCUCGCUCGGCCUGCUGCUCGGCUUCCUCGCCACCUACCUCGGAUGGACGCUGCAUUUGGCGCUGGUGGAGAACCUCUGGGUGUACGGCAUCCUGCGCGUGCUGAGCUGGCCCAUGCGCGUGGCGUUUAUGGGUGUGAAUCUGCUCAUCGGAGUCUGUCUCUUCUUCCUCGGCAAGGGAUUCGAUAACUUCGUCUGGGGUAACGAGAAGGCUCUGGCGCAGGUGGACUCGACCAAAAAGCGGCGCUGAUCUGCCGUUCUCUCUCUCCGCCUCUGGUCGGUAAGCUCCCUGCCAGCUAAUACCGUAAGCCUUCUGCCGGGGCGCCGGAGAUAGGCAUAGUGAAAGGAACACUCAUCGGUAAAUGUGUCGCGUCACCCUUCGGCGUUUUCGCCUGCUAACGAUGAGUUGCGCUGGCUGAUGACGAAGCGAAGGUGUAAUCGUGCUGGUGUCACACGUCUGUUGACGAACACGGCCGGCCGCAGUCUGCACAGUGAUUUUGAUUUAGCGAGAUUAUAAUUUGAUUGUAGCGGAUAGAUUAUUUCACUCAAGGAUAAGAUCAAUGCAUUGUCUAUUAGGUAUGUGCCGGCGAUACGUGCCGUUUAGGAUUGGCGAUGUUCUUUGGAUAGCUGCAGAUGCAACGAGCCCCGAUUCAUAUGGCGUAGCGAAUACCACAGUACCAUGCGUUGUGUAUGCUGGUGGUGUUGAUUCCCUGUCGUUUGGUUACCGUUUCAGUUUGUACGCGUCAUGCAACUGUGGACCUAAGUUUUUCUGUUUAUUACGCGUCCGGACGGAAUGCCGUCCACUAGUCAGAUAUACAACGAUCAACUUAAUUGUUCUACGCACAAGUGAUCACAAUCACAUUGUGAUUUAUUGUUGAUUGAUGAAGUCGAUUUGAUGUCAUAAUUGUUACAUAUUUGAUGUAGGUGACUUAUGUCGAUAAUGCACUGGUACAGCAAUAAAUCCUUAACACAUCCAA